AUGUUCGCGCUUCGCCGCCAGGCCGCUUCCACCUCCGCUCCACUCCUCAGCCGCCGCCUCCUUUACGCUCAGCCCAAUCCCACGCCGUCCAACGAUGGCGCGUGGGCCUGGGCCGAGCGCGCGGCCAAGCUCUCCCUGCUGGGGUUCACCGGCGCCGCCACCGCCUGCGCCGUCAAGGACACCUCCGUCUUCCUCUAUCGCACCAGGGUGGAGUAUGUUUCCAACAAGGUAAUGGAGAUGGCUGCCCAGAACCAGCAGAUAGCGAGCGCAAUCGGUGGACCUAUGACGCCGGGCUUCUGGCACAGCAUUUCCAUUGCCUGGAAGUGGAACCUCGCGAGGCAUUACCUCUCCGGCACUCUCCAGGUAUCCGGGCCACAAGGAGACGGUCUUCUUACCUUCGAGGCGGUUCGCUCUAGAGAUAAAUCCUGGUUCCGGUUUCUACGGUACAGCGACUGGGAGAUACCCAUAAUGGAUGCCAUCCUUGAUGUUCCUACUGAAGAUGGGAAGCACCAACAAAUAAGGAUAAGGAUUCAAGACAAUACGACAGCUCCACCACAUCAAGAGAAGACACGUUAUUUCGUCAUUACUCAGAACAUGAUCGCUAUCAAGAGGUGAUUGUUUUCUAUGCAUUAUCCGUGAGAGAAAUAAGUAGUGCACACUAAGUAUUACACCUUCUGUUUUUAAAUAUAAGACAUUUUGUCAGUUCAAACUGACAAUAUGUCUUAUAUUUAAAAACAGAGGUAGCCAGUACUAGAUAGGUAGUCCACAUAACGGAUGGAGACCAAAGUAAGUGGGACGUUGGAUGAUUUCCUGAUGUACUGAAAGCUCAAAUUCUUUUGGAGGUUCAUUAUUCAUAAUAUCUUUUGCUGGUUCUGGCGCCUGUGAUGCAUACUUUGUACCAAC